UCAGCCAAUCAGCGGCGUGCCGUCCCCCGGAAGUUUUGAAUGAAGGGUACGCGGGAAAGACUGACGAUAGCAGCUUAACAGCAGGACAGAGUCGGUGUUGGAUGUAAAAAUGAAGGUGGUGACUUGUGAGAUUGCAUGGCACAACAAAGAACCAGUCUACAGUCUGGACUUCCAACACAGCUCAGAUGGACGGAUUCAUCGGCUGGCUACAGCUGGAGUGGAUACUACAGUCAGACUGUGGCGGGUAGAUCUGGGCCCGGACGGUAAGGCUGUGGUGGAGUUUCUGUCUAAUCUGGCCAGACACACCAAAGCUGUGAACGUGGUGCGGUUUAGCCCCAGUGGAGAGUUUCUGGCAUCAGGCGGUGAUGAUUCAGCUAUUUUGCUGUGGAAGCUCAAUGACAGUAAGGAGCCUGAGCAGACCCCUGUCUUCCAGGAAGAUGAAGACGCUCAGCUCAACAAGGAGAGCUGGUCUGUGGUCAAAACGCUGAGGGGCCACAUAGAGGAUGUGUACGACAUCUGCUGGACCCGGGAUGGAAACUUCAUAGUGUCAGGGUCGGUCGACAAUACUGCGAUUAUGUGGGACAUCAACAAAGGACAGAAGCUGUGCAUCUUAAAUGACCAUAAGAGCUACGUUCAGGGCGUGGCCUGGGAUCCUCUGGGCCAAUAUGUUGCCACCCUAAGCUGUGACAGAGUGAUGCGUGUGUACAGUACUCACACAAAAAAGAAGGCCUUCUGUAUCAGUAAAAUGAGCUCUGGGCCUCUUGCAGAGGGAGAGGUCAAGCAAUACAGAAUGUUUCACGAUGACAGCAUGAGGUCAUUCUUUCGACGCCUUUCGUUCACACCAGAUGGGUCUUUCCUGCUUGUUCCAGCCGGAUGUGUCGAGAUAGGAGAAAACAUCAUGAAUACAACAUAUAUCUUUUCCAGAAAGGGCCUCAAAAGGCCAAUCGCUCACUUGCCAUGUCCGACUAAGGCUACACUGGCUGUGCGUUGCUGCCCUGUCUACUUUGAACUAAGGACCAAGGAAGGAGAAGAUGGAUCUAUCCAGACUCUUCCAAAUGUGUUCGAGUUGCCUUAUCGUAUGGUGUUUGCUGUUGCAUCUGAGGACUCCAUCUUCUUGUACGACACACAGCAGACCCUUCCCUUCGGUCUAGUGUCCAACAUCCACUACCACACUCUCAGUGAUCUCACAUGGUCACGUGAUGGGUCCUUCCUGGCUGUAUCUUCCACAGACGGAUACUGCUCCUUCCUGUCGUUCUCUCCUGGUGAGUUAGGAACACCACUGAAGGAGCCCCCCACCUUGGAGGUCAUCACCCCAAACAGUGGUGUUGAGAAAAAGCGAAAGAAGUCCAGCAAGACCUCAUCUCCAGUUUCCCAGCCGUCAAAUUCUGCCCAGACCCCCACAUCUCAAACCAGCCUGGGUAAAGAUACUCCUGUCGCACCCCCAUCUUCCGUCCCUACAUCAGAGGAGAAGAAGACCACUCCCACUGCCAAGUCUAAACCUCAGCCACGCAGGAUCACCCUGAACACCCUUGAGGGCUGGGGAAAGCCCUCCACCCCUAAAGCUACAGCUUCAUCGCCUGGAAGCACAAGUGCACCUUCGACCCCUCAGCCUCGCCUUACCCCACUCAAACCCUCCACCCCUAAAGCCCUCAACACUGCUAACACCCCCGGGCCCACUACUCCUAAGGCUCCAACCACUCCAAAGGGACCGACACCAAGGCGAGUGUCUUUGACUCCAGUUGCUACUCGUUCUCCAGCCGUCAGUUUGCUCUUCACCACUCCCUCAUCCACUGAGAAAGCCAAACAUGAACGUCCCUCCCCUCCUUCUGAUCCAGUGUGCCAGCCUCCAGAGUCCAAACGGUCCAAGACCAGUGACCCUGCAGAGAAGACCAGUGUCACCCAGGCUUAGUGUUUGUGGAAACCGUGCAGUGCUGUGAUAUCAGACUGGAGCACAUGUACAGCAGAGCGUGACAGUUAAAGACGCUCUGGUACAAAACCACAAAGCUGUGGAUGUACAACUGAACUGUAUCUACAGUACAGGAUAGACACGAUCAAGUGUUUGUGAUGUAACUGGAUGCAACUGCUCACAGUCAUUUAUCUUGAAAUAAUUUUUCUUUUAGUGAUGUGUUUUUGUAUCAUACAGUUUAUUAGGUAAGUGUAUUAUUUGAUGUGUGGGAUAUUUAGAUGCAUCAGUGUUUGCAGUUCAGACCUGAAUGACCAAAAGCACUUCAGGAGGUUUGUGAACUGUAUGAGCUGCAAACGUGAAUGAACUGAGAUUGAAACAAGAAAUUAUAAAAAAAAAAAAAAAGUCUGGAAAUUGUCAUUGCAUUUAAAGCCAUUAUCUGAGUGUCAAAUAAA